ACCUGCUUGCGAAAAACACGUGGGAAAACGUUUCGGGCAUUCCUUGGCACGCAACUCUCACACGCUUAUUUCCUAUAUGAAUAUGUAGGAGUACGAAUGUGACGCACUGCACUUGUUCUGCAUCUCUGCGCUCUUUUUUUCCUCUUUCGAUUCUGGUUAUUCUGUCAGAGGUAUGAUCAAUGGCGUUUUGUGGACCAACCCCGGUUUCUGGGAGUAGCAGCUUAGCGUAUUCACCUCAAAAUUUGUCUGCAAAACUUAUUUUACCAGUUCCGCUGCGUUUUACUGGACAGUUCUCUAAUUUAGUCAGGAAAAAGAGCAGGGGAGAAUGUUGCUCUUCAUUAAGGAGUGCUGCAUCUGCAUCUUCUAUGGAGUCACAGGAAGAUGCUCCAAGUACAUUUUCAGAUUGCUUGGAGGAGGAACUAGAUCAUGUUAUACGGUUCAAAAUGUCAGACUUUAGGAUUUUAGAUUCAGUUAGCAUUGGUCUUGGUGGGCGGUCGGAUGAGAUGGUUUUUGAAGGCAUGGUGAAGGAUAGCUGUAGUUCUUUGUAUGGCAAAAGAGUUGUACUUCGAAAGCUUUCUAGUGCCCAAGCUAAGCGUCGGGGGAAACGAGCAAUAGAGGUUUUGAAGAAGCUGGUUCGGCGUAAACUUCUGUAUCAUUCUUACUCAAUGCAAGUUCAUGGUUAUAUCUCUUUACCUGCAAGUGAUGAUAGUGAUUCAUUUAUCUUGGUACAUGGGUAUCAUGGCAGUUUCUCUUUGAGACACUGGCUUGAACGGUCAGAUUGGCUUCCAACUUUGGAGGCCACUCUUGCACUGGAUGAAGAGUCUGUUAGAAAGGUCGGAGAAGAUAGAACUGGAGGUCCUGCAGUUUCUAGGCAGCUGCGACUUAUUAGAAUAUUGAUGAGGGAUCUUCUUAUUGGGGUAAAUUACCUGCACAGCCACGGUCUUGCCCAUACAGAGCUGACACUGGAAAAUGUUCAUAUAAGUCCAGUAGACAGACAUAUCAAAGUAGGCAUAUUGGGUAAUGCUGCUGACUUUUACAAGGAUGGUUCGAAAGAUAGCUCUUUGGACAACUUGGACAGGCGAGAAAUGAUGAUUGCAUUUGACAUGAGAUGUGUGGGCUUCAUAAUGGCUAAAAUGGUAAUGCGGGAACUUAUGGAUCCUUCGGUUUUUGCAAAGUUCAAAUCGUUCCUCAUAAAGGGGUAUGAUCCUUCAUGUCUACGAGAGCUUAUGUUGGAAAUCCUUGGCAGAAGUUCCCCAUAUGGAAAUACUGGAUUACAAAUACUUGAUAGGAACUGGGGAGCUGGCUGGCACCUUUUAUCUUUAUUGCUUGCAACAAACCUUCUCAAGAGAUAAGGUAUGCUGUGAGCAAAAUAUGCCAGUUGAAAGUGUGCAUAAUUUCUUCACCAAUGCUCCUAUAUUUGGCUGAUAUUAUGUCUUGAACAUAUGUCAAGAUUUUAGAAAGAAAAAACUUUAGUGACAUGAAGGAAUUUCAGAAAUAAAAAUAGUCGUAGAGAAAAGUUUCAAGUUUCAUUAGUAUUUUAGGAGGCUUAAUCUUUUGGCAACAAGUAGCUAGUUUCUCAGGCUACUGUGCAAACUUAAUAUAAUAAAAUUUGAUUUCAAAUACCACUUUGAUUUACCCGAGUUUAGGAGUUAUACUAGUUUUAACCAUGUAAACAUUUAUACAGUUGUUUGGAUGCCCUUAGACACCCAUUUCUAUGUGGGCCAAGAUGGCGAGUUGUCUCAUCAGGAAUUAUCAGAUGGGGUCUAGGUUCUACUGCAGUGCGUAUUACAGAGGAGUACAUUUAUCGCAAGCCUCAGCGCAGCAGGCUUGCCCAUUUCAUUGACUUAAUGGAGAUGUUGAAUCCCCAUCCAAAACCAAAGAACUGGCUGGACCUGCUUCCAGGCAAAUGGCGUCUAUUAUACUGCACUGGGAAGCAUGUUGGCCUGACCCUUCGCGAACCACCUCUCCGUGUACUUGUUGCGCACGUGCAUUUAACAGUGACGAGAAUCAAAGUUGAAAGCUAAUCUUUCAUUUGACUCUGACAUUGGAUUCUCUGUUAUGAUUGGUCAAGACUGGCCUCUUGACAAAGCUGGUAAGAGUGGAAGAUUGAGGGUUGAAUUCUUCAUUUACACUAAGAGCUGGGAGACGGCUAUAUCUGAAUCAAGACGAGACCACUGAGAAAUUCUUCUUUGGCCCUUCCAGCAACGUGGAUGCUUUAGCCCAGAAAUUUAGGGCAAGAAAUGGAGUAAAUAAUCCCUUUCAAGGAGUUUCCGUCAAGUCUUCCGGCAGCCAAACUUGCAUCAGGUGAUAUUGAUGUAACAAUGAAUAUUGACGAUCCAUUAAAUCAAAACACUGAUACUGCAAAAAGUGUUCUUCAAGAGCUAAGAACACAAAUUCCCCCGGAAGUGUUUGAUUUGUCUAAGCUUGUGUGUGGAACCUAUGUGGAUUCAAGGAUGCUUGUCCUACGAGGGGUUAAUGGAUCCGCGCUCCUAUUUACAAGGUCUUUUAUGGACAGAAACAGUUGUAGUUAGUUGUUGCUGUAGCAGAUUCAAAAUUAUUGUUUAAGUGUA